AGCAGGCCCACUUGCCUGGCUUGCUCAGGCUGACAUGAGCCUGCUCCUGCUUCUUCCUGUCUCCUCUGCCCAGGUGGGCACAUUCCGUGUGGUCCCCGAAGAGGAGCAGGAGCUCCGCUGCCAGCUGGAGCGGCUCACAACCAAGGACCAUGGGCCUGUCUUUGGCCGGUGUAGUCAGCUGCCACGACAUACCUUGCAGAAGGCCAAGGACGAGCUGAACGAGCGGGAGGAGACUCGGGCGGAGGUGGUGCGAGAACUGCAGGAGCUGGUGCAGGAGCAGGCAGCCUCUGGGGAGGAGCUGGCCCAGGCGGUGGCCGAGAGGGUACAGGGAAGGGACAGCGCCUUCUUCCUGCGCUUCAUCCGUGCACGCAAGUUUGACGUGGGGCGUGCCUACGAGCUGCUCAGAGGCUACGUGCACUUCCGGCUGCAGUACCCCGAGCUUUUCGACAGUCUGUCCCUGGAGGCCAUCCGCUGUACCAUUGAGGCCGGCUACCCUGGUGUCCUCUCCAGUCGGGACAAGUAUGGGCGAGUGGUCAUGCUCUUCAACAUUGAGAACUGGGACUAUGAGGAAAUCACCUUUGAUGAGAUCUUGCAGGCAUAUUGCUUCAUCCUGGAGAAGCUACUGGAGAAUGAGGAAACCCAAAUUAAUGGCUUCUGCAUCAUUGAGAACUUCAAGGGCUUUACCAUGCAGCAGGCUGCUGGGCUCCGGCCUUCGGAUCUCAGGAAGAUGGUGGACAUGCUCCAGGACUCCUUCCCAGCCCGGUUCAAAGCUAUCCACUUCAUCCACCAGCCAUGGUAUUUCACCACAACCUAUAAUGUGGUCAAGCCCUUCUUGAAGAGCAAGCUGCUGCAGAGGGUCUUUGUCCACGGAGAUGACCUCUCCAGCUUCUUCCAGGAGUUUGAUGAGGACAUCCUGCCUGCUGACUUUGGGGGCUCCCUACCCAAGUAUGAUGGCAAAGUCAUUGCUGAACAGCUCUUUGGUCCCCGUGCCCAAGCUGAGGACACAGCUUUCUGAGGAUGUUUCCUGCCAUCUGAGCUGUAGUUAGCAUCCCUGGGCCUCUCCUCAGUUGUCCUGGACCCAAAAGGCUGGGAAAAAGGCUGUCUGAGGAGAGCGUGGUGCCCCCAAACCUCCAUAAGCUUGGGUGAACUCAGGUGUCACCAUCUUCCCAGGUUGGGGUGGACAAUAAAGCAGGGGAAUUCCUUUGAACUGGAAGAAUUGGGGGCUGUUAUAUUCCUACUGGCCUCUGAACAGGGUUUCUAACCAGUUCGUUCUGGUUUGAAACUCUUCUCUGAAGCUUUAAGACAGUGACUUUUGUGUAGAGUUGAGUUUCAAAGACCCUGAUUAGACUUCUCAAUCAUUUCCUUUGUAACAGAGUUUUGCUGCUUAGCCCCCCCAAAAAAAAAAUCAAAUUAAUUGCCAUUGAGUCAAUCCCGACUCAUAGUGACCCUAUAGGACAGAGUAGAACUGCCCCCUCCAGAGUUUCCUAGGCUGUAAUCUUUACAGGGAAACCCCGGUGGUGUAGUG